AUGAAAGCAGUUGCUCCUCAAUAUAAAAUACCAAGUAGAACAAGUCUGAGACGAUGGUUGGAUAAUAAAUAUGAGGUUGUUUCAGAAACUUUUAAAAAGAAAUUGUCUUCGAUAGAAGACUUAACUUUGACGACAGAUAUUUGGUCUGAUACAUUAAAUAUGAAAAGUUUUAUAGGCGUAACUGUUCAUUUUGGAAUAGAAAUUGAACUCAUUUCAGUUACUCUCGGCGUGUACGAACUCGAUGAAAGACAUACGUCACAAUAUAUUUCUGAAAUGCUUUUAAAAACUUGUGCAGAAUGGGGUAUUAAAAAAGAUAAUGUGACGGCUGUUGUAACCGAUAAUGCUGCCAAUAUGGUGAAAGCUGCAGAAUUGGCGUUUGGUAAGAAAAAACACAUUCCAUGUUUGGCUCAUACGUUAAAUUUGGUAGCUGAAGGCACAAUGGCAUGUACUGAGUGGCAAAAAAUUGUUACUAAAAUUAAAGCAAUUGUGACCUGGUUCAAACAAAGUUGCGUUGCUAGUGACGAAUUGCGCAAAGCUACUUCUACUGAGACUAAACUUAUACAAAGCGUACCGACGCGCUGGAAUAGUACUUACUACAUGGUACAAAGAUUUUUAGAACUGCGGAGUGUCAUAAAUGAUAUUCUUUUUCGACACGCCACCGCACCCCCAAUGCUCAGCAGUUCAGAAAUAUCCAUUGCCUCAUCCGUCCUCCUGAUAUUGCGGCCUUUGGAGGUAGCCACUAAAGAAAUUUCUGCAGAUAAAUAUUGCACAACCAGCAAAAUUAUACCUUUAGUCCGCUGCAUAUUUUCCAAAAUUACUUCAGCAGGUGUCGCAGGAGAACCUGUGGCACGAGAAGUGCAAAAACUGGCUCUGCAGGAAAUUACGAAAAGAAUGGGUUCCAUUGAACAUGUAACUCCUCUUGCUAUAGCAAACAUUUUAGACCCACGUUUUAAAAAACUUCACUUUAACGAUGCAAUAGCUUGUAGCAAUGCUGUAUCGAAAAUCAAAGACUUAAUGAAGGUUCAUUUGUGUCAAAUUGAAGAAAUCGAGUCAGACUCGGAUAAGUCUGAUAAAAGUGAAGAGACAUUUUCAUUAUGGAGUGAUCAUUACAAAUUGGUACAUCGCAAUUGGAAGAGUAAUAAAUCUGAAGAUAGCUUGUCGGAUGAACUUUCAGUUUAUCUGACAAGUCCUGUUGGAAGACUUAACGACAUUCCCCUAGAAAUUUGGAAAGAUUACAAAGUACAGUUUCCAAUAUUGCAUAAAAUUGCCUUCAAAUAUUUAACAAUGGUGGGCACAUCAAUGCCAUCAGAGAGACUGUUUUCGCAAGCGGCGCAGUAUAAAACCAAGAAGAACAGUUCGGGAACUAUAAAUGAAAUUCAUAAUAGGAAACUGAUAAAAGUAUUCGCGAAGAAAAGUUUCGACUUCUCUAUUGAAUUCUGGAAAGUAAUAUCAUUUAUAAAACAAAUAGAAAAUGCAUUCACAUUUGCAAUAUACUGCAGAAUAAAAACGGACGUGCAUUACCGUUGA